UUCAAGCUCCAUUCUUGGAAAAUAGUGUACACGCAAAGAUACAUACAUGUUGAAAAUAUAUAUAUCAUAUAGCUGUAUAUAUGCGUGAGUAUAUAUAUAGCUAUAUAAGCGGGAUUGCCGGAGAAGAAAGUAAUUCUGGUGAGAUUUUCGCCGGGAAAGAGAGUUAACAUAGAAUUUCUUUUCUCCGGCGAAGAAUUGAAAAUGAAGAAAAGAAGCACGAGAAGCGAUUCGAGGCCGCCGGCGAAUGGAGAUAGACUGAAACUGGAUAAAAAGAAGGGGAAAUUUGAGAAAAAGUUGUUGAAGUACGAGGAUUUACCAGAGUAUUUGAAGGAUAAUGAGUUCAUUAGAGACUAUUAUAGAUGUGAAUGGCCUUUGAAGCAUAUUGUUCUUAGCCUUUUCUCUUUGCACAACGAAACUCUCAAUGUUUGGACGCAUUUGUUAGGUUUUAUCAUAUUUGUUGGAUUGACGGUAAUGAGCUUGACAGAGAAGAAGACUCUGGAGAAUGUGAUGGCAAGUUUCGUUGGAGAGGGAAUGAACAUGAAGACGAUGAAUCAAUCUAACAGUUCUGAUUCUUUAUUUUCCAAAUCCUACGUAGGACAUAUCCCCAAGCCAUCAAUCUUACAUGCAAAUGCAGACUCCAAUUCACUUCCUACAUGGCCUUGGUUUGUUUUCUUAGGAGGAGCAAUGAAUUGUUUGAUCUUUAGCUCAAUCUCCCAUCUCUUCGCCUGCCACUCCCAACGUUUCUACUUGUUCUUCUGGCGCCUAGAUUAUGCUGGUAUAUCUCUCAUGAUCAUCUGCUCAUUCUUCGCACCAAUAUACUAUACGUUCUCAAAUCAUCCACAUUGGCGCCUAGCAUACCUAAGCUCAAUCACAUUAGUAGGAAUUCUUGCUAUUAUCACCCUCCUUGCACCGGCUCUCUCCAGUGGUCGUUUCAGGGGUUUCAGGGCAGCCCUCUUUCUUUCCAUGGGAUUUUCGGGUGUGAUUCCGGCUGCUCAUGCACUAAUCCUUCACUGGGAUCACCCACAAAUACUUGUUGCACUCGGAUAUGAGAUAGCUAUGGGACUUCUGUACGCGGUUGGUGCUGUGUUUUACGUAACUAAGAUCCCAGAAAGAUGGAAACCUGGGACAUUCGAUAUCGUAGGACAUAGCCAUCAGAUUUUUCACAUUUUGGUUGUUGCAGCAGCACUUACACAUUGUGCUGCCACCCUCGUUAUCAUGGAAUGGCACCGAAACUUACGAGCCUAACCCUCCCCUGCCCCAAAUUUUUUAUUUUUAUUUUUAUUUUUAUUUUUGUUGGAACAGAUGCGAGUUUUGUGUUGUAUAUUGUAGCAGUCCAUAUAUUACUAACAUUUACACUACUGUUUCUUGCAUAUAACAAGUCAUGCAGCUACUGAACCUUGAUCUUGAGCAGUUAAAUUAGCCAUAAUUUCUUGAA